AUGGUUGUAUACGAGCAAUAUAAACAAGGAACCAAUGGACGUUAUGUGACUUUUAUAGAUUGCCUCCUCGAUUCCCCAAAGGAUGUCAAAAUACUUCGUGAUUGUGGAGUUAUUGAUAACGGCUUGGGUGAUGAUAGAGCCGUCUCUAACAUGUUCAUCAAAAUGACUAAUCGUGUCAAC